AACAAGUAUAAGUACCUAAAGUAAUAAGUACGGUACUUGAAUCUUUUUUGAACCUGCAGGUCUCAAAAAUUUCAACAACUUCAACCCCUUAUGAACAAUAACAAAGACAAAUCACAACAUGUCUCCCGAAGCUCUAGAGAAGCGAUUCUCCGAUUUACAAGACCGGCUUGCGCUCCUGCAAGAUGCGACUAACCAGCUCAAGGUCCUGAUCGACCGCCUGGCCAACUUUAAGUUCCAGCCCGGCUCCGUGCCCCUCGGCGCGAGCGACGACGACAACAACAACGUCAGCUCCGAACUCAGCUCCGAAAUCAACCAGAUACUACGCGAACAGGAGGAGGAACUUGAGUUAUUGCACGAGGAAAUAAUAGAUAUCCGCCCGGGGAAGUCAGGGGGUGGAUUACAACAUGACAAGGACAGGUUGAAGGAUGGCGCGACUCGUUUAGAGGAGGAACUGCAGAACUGUCGAAGGGCCUUUAGGAGAGCCCAGAUCUCGGCGAAGCGCAACCUACAACUAGCCCAGCGCCAAGAGCGCGAGCUUCUCUACGCCUCCUUUUCCAGCACCCCGUCCGGCGCCUCGUCUCCCUUACCUGCCGAGGCCGAUACCCUACCACCACUAGCACCAUCCAACCGAAGGAAACCGCGCGCUCGCGCCGAGAUGACCAAGGAGGAGCAGAUGCUCAGCGCGAGCAGCGACGUGACGGAGUCCAUGCGCCGGACGCACGACCUCAUGGCCGCCGAGCUGUCCAAGAGCGACUUCGCGCACAACGCCCUCAAGGAGUCGACGGCCGCGCUGUCGCAGCUGUCGGAGAACUACUCGAGCCUCGACACCAUGCUGUCCAAUUCGAGGGCGCUCCUCGGCACGCUGCUCAAGAGCCAGAAGACCGACACUUGGUAUCUGCAGUCGGCCUUUUACAUGUUGGUGGUUACCAUUGGGUGGUUGAUAUUCAGACGUCUGCUUUGGGGUCCGGCCUGGUGGCUCGUCUGGCUUCCCCUGAAGCUCAUCUUCAAGAGCGCGGCGGGCGUGUCUAAUGCCGUCAGCUGGCACGGUGCACAAGUAUCAAGUCCGGACCUCGACCCGUCAUCAGCAGCUACACAGUCCAGGUCGACGCAGGUACACAUGAAUAACGAAGGGAUCCCAACGGCGCAAGUCAGUUAUCAAUCAGAGGUGUCACGUGAGAGCUCGGAAGCUGUGAUGGGAGAAGUUGAUAGGAUCAUCAGUAACGGAACGGAGGAUGACACCCAGACAGACAAAAAUGUGGAGGAAGGGGAGGAGAAACAGGAGAAGGAGCAGGGACAGGAGCAGGAGCAGGAGCAGGAGCAGGAGCAGGAGCAGGAGCAGGAGCAGGAGCAGGAGCAGAAGGAGGAAACCGUAUUAAGGGAGCGCAACGACGAGGAACCCCCUAAUCCAAAGAAGCGCAUGAUGGAAGUAGAUAUAGAAAAAGGCACUAGCGCAAGCGCACCGCUCGAUAGAAGCGAUGAAAGACCCAAGGAUGAGCUGUAAGAUUUGUAGGUUUAGGAAAACAAAAAGAAAUGAAAAACCAACAACAACAUGGUAUAACCCGCCACUUGCAACGAUUCUUUAUCGCCCGCCCUGGUGCACACAUAUAUAUCAUUCCGUCUGUUUCGACAGGUAUUAAUCCGCGACUUUCCCGUCAAGUCCCUUUCAGGGCAGGGAAACUCUCCUAUAAAGUGUUGAGCCUAGACGCAUUUCCUUUGUCAUCCCGGACCGGGGGGUUGGAGGGGUCACGCCCGGCCCCGGUUUGUCCUUGGUUUUAAACGACUUGGGCGGGAUUGUAACGAGAAACAAUGACCCAAAAAAAAGG